GUGCUUGUUGAUUGUGUCAAUCAUACGAGUCCCAGGUCUUUAUAUGCUAUGAGUUGUAGACCAGUCUGAUCUUACACGAGCCUGAUAUAGUCUGGGAUCUUCUAACGUUUUCUAAAGCUAGUAAUCCUGUGUUAAGAUGCGCUCUCUGAUUCUUAUUGUCCUUGUUGCUGCAAUAGGAUUUGCUGCCGCUGAAUGCACUGUGUCCUCUUACGUUGGUGUGGGUAUUCCAGAGUGUUUAGAAACAUAUUUUAAGGGUAUAGAAAAGUUUUUCAAGCUACUGGAAGAUCUUAUACUACAUGCCAAAGAGGUAUUUGGUGCUGACAUUGUCAUACAAAUCAUUAAGAAGAUUUGGGAAAAUGUGUUUGCCGAAUUAGGCAUAGCUGGAGGUGAUGUUGACGGUCUGACUGGUACAUUUACUAAAAUACUUCCAUUGGAUGUGACAGCCGAGCUGACUGAUACAGCCACGAACAUACAAGGAAGCUUGUUUAGAUUUAGAUAAUCGACUGCAAUUAUACAACUUUCAGAUGUCGAUGUCCAACGUUUUCGGCUAACUGUACACUUAAUAUCACAGGGCAAAAACAAAACAACAACAAAAAACCCAACAAUUAUUUAUCUGAGAUAUAGCUAAAUAUAACUGAAUAGAUACUUUUGGAAUAAAGCAAUACACCUGUAA